AUGCACCGGAAUGAUAUUCAAGAGAAUUAUGUGCCGGUGGCUUCUUCCCCGCCGUGGAAGCUGGGGUUCCGGUCGUCGAGGAGAUUUGUGAUCUCGGUGGUUGCAAUGGCUGUUUUCACGGAUGUUUUCAUUUAUGGCAUGAUCGUUCCCAUCUUGCCUGUGGUGCUUAAAACCCGUGUGAUUGUGCCUGAUGAUCAAUUACAGCAAUGGAUGGCUAUCAUGCUUGCCGCGUUUGGGGGUGCUAUCUUCGUUGGAUCUCCUAUAUUUGGCUACUUUGCCGACAAGGGUACCUCCCGCCAGGUACCCUUCAUCUUCGGUCUACUCGCGUUAGGUGGUUCGACUAUCAUGUUCUGGAUUGCCCGGACGCUCUCUUCGUUGAUCGUCGCGCGAGUCCUGCAGGGCUUGUCUGCGGCUGUCGUCUGGACCGUUGGCAUGGCUCUUGUUGUAGAUACGGUGGGAAAGGACCAGGUUGGAGCAGCUAUGGGAUAUGUCUCCAUGUCUAUGACAGUGGGUACUGUUUUUGGCCCUUUCAUCGGAGGGGUCGUGCUGUCGCGGAUAAGUUACGACGCCGUAUUUACGAUCGCUGUUGGACUAGUCGUCUUGGAUAUCCUCCUUCGACUUGUCAUGAUUGAGCAAAAAACCGCCUUGACCUGGACUCAGCCACAGAUCGCUAACGAAACUGAGGGUUUACUGAGCAGUGCCAGCGAGACUGGCAAUGGCGUGUACCAAGGCACCAGGGAGGAAUGCUCUGAGAUAUCAGUCAAUCCCCGUCAUUCCGUUUGUUGGCCGGAGGUCAGUGGCGAGCUAGAUGCGAGCGGAAGGACAUCUUCUAUGCCACCUAUCGUGCGUUUGAUGUGCUCUAGCAGCGUGUUGCUCUUUUGUGGAGCGACUGUAGUCGAUGCCAUUUUGUGGUCUUCUUUCGACACCGUGCUUCCGCUUCAUGUGAUGGAUACAUUCCAAUGGGAUUCCUUCUGGGUCGGGAUCUGUUUCCUGCCAUUGUUCGCGCCAUCUUUCUUUUCUCCUCUAGUUGGUGAUGCCGUUGACCGCUAUGGAUCCCGAACGAUUGCGUUCCUUGGAUUCCUGCUGGACUUCCCUACAUUUUUCCUCCUUCGGCUCAUCACACAUGACACGAAACAGGACCAAAUUCUCCUUUAUAUGUUCCUAUUCAUCGCAGGUAUUGCAUCGACCCUUCAGAUGGUGUCCCUCAUGACGGAAGUUAGUCUCGUCGUUGAGCGAUAUGAGAAGGAAUCGCCGGGGAUCUUUGGGAGUCAAGGAGGCAUGGGGCAAGCGUAUGGACUGUUCAAUGUCGCCUGGUCGGGUGGCCAGGUAUUGGGGCCAUUGAUCGCAGGGCUUCUGAGUGAUCGGGGUGGGUGGGUGACGAUGGUCAGCGUCUUUGGAACGAUGAGUGGCGUCACUGCGCUAGUUAUCGGCUUCUCAGAUAAGAAGGUCCUGAGGUGUUUCAGGAAACAAACAUAG